AGUUCAUCUCAUGCUGCUGGCGCUUCCCGAUCGCAGGCAAACAUUUUCAAUGGCGUGUGUGUGUGUGUGUGUCUAUGCAUGUGCGCCCAAGCUGCUGUUCUCAUGACCUCCUUAAUGGCCCCCCCAAAUUGCUAUUUUUUUUCAUCUGGAAUGUGUCUGGCCUGCUGAGCUUCCUCCGUUAACCCUUCACUGCACACGCUCAUACACGUGACCCCAAAUCGUGACCUUUCUCCCUUUGACUCCGAAAGGGCAGCCGGGUUCCACUAAAAGAAUGCAGAGAAAAUGCUCAGAUAAAAGUCAUUCAAGGCCGGAGUGGCGGACUGGUGCACACGGAAGAGCAAAACUGGACGUGCGGUUUGCAUUUAUUAGAGGGCAGCUAAUGUGACUUUUAUGAGGUCACAUUUGGAAUGGAGCGCUCCUAAAAUGUUGCCUUUUUGGGCCAAGACAUUAAGCGCCGGCAAUAAAAAGAAGAAACGUGUGUUUAUCAGAACUUUUGGGAAAAGAGGUUUAGCGGCAGCAGCCAGUCUCACAUUUUAUUAAAUAACACCUAGUACGCAAAUUGUCUCCCGCCCUGCCAUCUGGAUUUUGGCCUGUUUUACUGCCACUUCUCCACUCAGCAUCUCUUUCACUGUUGCCAGGAAGAACAAGGAGAACUCAAGUCAAAAGCAAAAGCAUGCAUCUGCUUUCCGAGUUGUGGGAACACUUCAUCGAGAAGCGGCGUGGCUGACACAAGCCAGCUGUGUGCGCGCGCGUGUGCUUGUUUUGGAGGAACCAGGAAGUGAAGAGGCGCAGCCCCCUGAGCCUGAUUGCAAGGUGUGAGAUUCCGACUAAAAAAAAUCCAGAGAGAAAAAACAAAUGAUAAGAAGAAAAUGGAGUUCAAAGGAGGCAACGCAUUUCUUCCCCUUCCCACCGUGCAGCCUGGGACAUAAAGCCGAAAUGAAGUCAGCCAGCGAGCAGUUUUAUUUUUUAUUGGAAAGCAGCGGCAGGACCAGCAACGAGGGCACCAGUCCAGCUUGGAACUUCGGGGCCUACACGGCCGCCCCUGUCAUCGCCUCCAGCAGUUGGCUGAAGUAGGUCCGUUGUGUUUCCUCCACCUGUUCUGUCAGGAGACGAUAAAGACAAAACCGGUCGAGCGACAGCUGAGUCGAGCAGAGUCAUGGAGGCCAUCUGGCUGUAUCAGUUCAGGCUCAUCGUGAUCGGCGACUCAACAGUGGGCAAGUCGUGUCUGAUCCGCCGCUUCACCGAGGGACGUUUCGCUCAGGUGUCGGAUCCCACGGUGGGCGUGGACUUCUUCUCUCGGCUGGUGGAGAUCGAGCCGGGCAAGCGGAUUAAGUUGCAGAUUUGGGACACCGCCGGCCAGGAGCGUUUCAGGUCCAUCACUCGAGCGUACUACCGCAACUCGGUGGGAGGGCUGCUCCUGUUUGACAUCACCAACCGCCGCUCCUUCCAGAACGUGCACGAGUGGCUGGAGGAGGCUCGCAGUCACGUGCAGCCGCACCGCAUCGUCUUCCUACUGGUGGGCCACAAAUGCGAUCUGGACGCUCAGCGACAGGUGAGCCGGCAGGAGGCCGAGAGGCUGGCGGGGGUGUACGGCAUGCGCUACAUCGAAACGUCGGCGCGAGACGCCAUCAACGUGGAGCGUGCCUUCACCGAGUUGACCAAAGACAUCUUCGCCCUGGUGCGCUCUGGAGACAUCAGCAUCCAGGAAGGCUGGGAGGGCGUCAAGAGCGGCUUCGUCCCAAACGUGGUUCACUCCUCCGAGGAGGUGACCAAGAGCGACCGCCGCUGCCUCUGCUGAUGUGCGGCUGCGAGGCGGAGUACAGCUUUUGCUCUUCCGGGGCAAGUCGGCGGAAGCACAGCUGAGCGGCGGUGCUUGUUUUUGACGCGAGUGGAGUAAGACACAUCCCAAAUAUUAAUGAAGUACAGACCCUUGUCCGGGCUCUCACAAUUCAAGUGGGUCUCCUCCUUCAGUAUGCAAUUCCAUCAUGACACACAAAUUGGAGCCACUUGGAAGGACUCCUUGAGCGAAGCCGCAUUGCAAGCCAGAAAGCUCGUCGAGAGUCGGUGGAAACUUACAUGGACUUGGAAGCAACUAAAACACUUCCACACAUCAAGAUGGACUCGAGAGUACGACCAUGCAAUGUUGGUCCAGCUGGCAUGCAGUCACUAUUCAUCCCCCAUCCGCAAUUUUUGUGUGUCCAUCACCAUGUACUUUUGCUUAUCAUUCAUUCUAAAUGAACAUUUCUGGCCAAUACCGAAAGACAAAGCCAAGGCUGAAAACCAAAAGAGAAAGUCAACCCCAAAAGUUUCUAUUCCUAUAUGUUGUUAAUAUUACAUUUGUGGAAUAUGAGUUAAGCAGCAAAAGUCAAGUGUUUUUUUUUUUUUUUUUUAUUCAUCUCUUUUUGACAGUCAACUGAAAAUGAUAUCACACUUGCUUCAGGUAACAACCAAAUACGGCUCAGCUUUAGAAAACUGGUGAGUUGUGAUUGGCUGUGACGGGAGCCCUGCAACUGUGAUUGUCAUUUUCAGCAAAAUGGCCACUCCCUGAGAUGGAUGAAAACAAGUGGAUUUUGCUUCUUUAAUCUAUCUUCCACAAACAAAACCUUAAUCAGAACACUGUUUUGACUAGUAGGGCUACACAGAACAUUAGAACAAAGAAAACUUUCCGGUUGACUUUCCCUUCGCUCACUUCAGCAGUCAAUCAAUCUACGUGUGGAUGACCAAGGUGCCCCAUUGGCAGCCACAUCGGAUCACCCCUCCUCGUUGUUUGCCAUUCCAAGUCUAAUUUUACGCCAAGAUAGUCCCCCAUGAUGUCCACCUGGCCAACGUUCCCCAUCAUUUAGUGUUUUCUUUCAACCUUUUUGCCCACAUCAUCAUCAUAACACUCUGUUUCAGCCAUAUACUUGCACUAUCUGAAAGCUGAGAAUGCACUUUGGGGCCAUUUUUGAUGUAUCCCAACUAAUCAUGUCAUGUGGUUAGCUUAACCAUUAGCCACCUGGCUCUGACAUCAUCACCUGGAAGUUAACCAGAAAGGUGCAGGUAGCCAUCGCUGCUGAAAUGAGUCAUCUGUCCUGAAAAGCUCAGAUCGUCUCUGAAAUAAAAUCACUGGACAUGA